AUGUCAGUUUCGGAUACAGCCGCCGAUAUUAACGCCCUGGCGAUAUUCCUGGCCGCCCAACAACUCAACGACCUGGCAGCAUGCGCAUCGGUUGAUUGCAUUAUCAUCUGUGCUUCGGCGGUCCUCCAUAGUGCAGAAGUCCUUUUCCAAACCCUGCAAGAACGUCCGACACUUACACGAAAGCUGGUCCUCUGCGGGGGUAUCGGUCACUCCACUCAAUUUCUUUACGAGGCUGUGGCCGACCAUCCCCAAUUCCAUACACUGGCAAAGGCCAUCACAGGUCUGCCAGAAGCGCAGGUAUUAGGGAGAAUAUUUGACGAGUUCUUUGAUGGAGCUGCGAUAAGGGCCGCCGGUUGCCAGAUUCUCGUGGAAGAUGAAUCGACAAACUGCGGUAGCAAUGCGAUCAAGAGUCGUGAAGUUCUGGGGCGAUUUGCUUGUGACCCCAAGAAUAUCAUUUUGAUUCAGGAUCCGACAAUGAUGCUCCGGACAAAGGCAUCCUUCGAACAGGCCUAUAAACACAUGGAGAGCUGCCCGCGUUUCAUUGGCUGUCCUGUGUUUGUCCCACAAGUACGGCCAUCUGCACAAGGACUACUAGUGUAUGCAGUUGGUUCACCUCCGAGAUUAUGGGACAUGCAACGGUUUAUUGAUCUUAUCCUCGGUGAAAUUCCCCGAGUGAGAGAUGAUGAAAACGGGUACGGGCCCAAUGGGUGCGGUUUUAUCGGCCACGUCCAUGUACCUGCUGAGAUCGAGGAUGCAUGGAGGAGACUGCAAUCAAUAUCCAAGGGCACGAGAUCCUGGCAUCUGUUAUAG